AUGAAGCCGAAGAAGCACAAACGCGGUGUCUUCCUGCACACGAGUAAACUCUCUGAGCCAGCAGAAGUUUUCCAAGAUAAGAAGAGCCACGCCUGUCCGGAAAUCAGAAACUACCUCCUCCCUCCAGCAACCACAAGCUCCGAGCCAUGGCUGAACCGUCCAGAGCUGCCCUCUUCGGAAGAGAUCAUGGGUACCGUGGAUGCCAACGAUGACGACUUCGUCGAUCUCGUUCCCAAUAACAUCUUCGGUCCCUGGGAGUCAAAGAAUGCAUACCUGAAAGCGCACUAUGAGCUGCUGAGAGAAGACGCUGUUGCCCCGCUAAGGGAUGCUGUAGCACAUGUCCGCGAAAACCCCAGAAUGAUGGACAAUAAGGUAGCUUCGAUCUACGAAAAGGUACAUAUCAUCGGCCUUACUUGCGCUUCGACAGGGCUGGGGUUCCGUAUUCAAUUCUCCACACACCGUGCCGGAAAGAAUAUUGCCUGGGAGUACUCAAAUCGAUUGAUUACUGGGUCUCUUCUAGCACUGACUCCCAAAGAUGAUGCCUUCCGCACCAAGUGUGUCGUUGCGGUGGUGGCGAGCAGAGCUCUGGAGAGCGUUAAAUUGAAGCCUCCGGAGAUAGAUAUCUUCUUCGCGAAGCCCUCUGAUAUCGAGUUCGACCCUCAAAAAGAGUGGCUCAUGGUCGAAGCUAAAGAUGGAUACUUUGAGUCGGUCAGACACACCAUGACCGCCUUACAGAAGAUGGACCAAGAGGAUUUCCCCCUAUCCGACCACAUAUGCCGCCUUGACCCUGACAUUAAACCACCCGAAUACGUCAAAGCCAAUCCGCGUGUUGAUCUUCAUACUAUAAUUGACGACUGCAACGAAGACAUUCGAGUUGACCUGCUUGCAGGAUGGCCCUCAUCACCAAUUGGAGAUUGCGAUGCAACUCAGUGGGAAGCUCUCCAUAAUAUGUUGACCAAGCGACUAUCCAUCGUGCAAGGACCUCCGGGAACUGGUAAGACGUAUGUGUCAGUCCUUGCCUUGAAGAUCUUGCUUUCGAAUAUGAAGCCCAAUGACCCACCCAUCAUCAUUGCUUCCCAGACAAAUCAUGCGUUGGAUCAGCUUCUCGGACUGGUUUCGCUUAUAGAGGGGAGAUAUAUUCGCCUUGGGGCGCGUAGCUCUGACCCCUGUGUCAAAAUGCGUACUCUGUUUGCUAUUCGAAAGAAUGAUCCCGGCUUUGUCGGUGGCGGCGUUAUGGCAGCAGCCACUCGGGAUUGCAGAAUGCUUACCCACGAAAUAGCCGACCUCUUGGAGCCAUUUGGUGCUGAGCAUGCGGGUGCGCCGCUGUCGUCUGAGACUUUCAAGCGAUAUGACUUGUUGACCGACGCUCAGCUAGAUCUACUGAGGAAAGGAGCCGAGGACUGGAUUAGCUCCGAGCAGGAUGACGAAAUUGACCCCUUGGUUGCUUGGCUUGGCGAGGAGGCGGUGCCCUUCCAGGCCGAAUAUGCAGAAGAUCACUUCGGAUUCGAAGAUGAGAUAGAUCUGGAGUACGAACAAUUGAAAGAGCUUGAGGGGGAGCAAGGCCUUGAAGAUGACGGUGCUGACUAUCUAAAAGGCCGCUUCCUUAAUCUUGUUGAGACCAUGUGUGGGCGAAGUCACUCCGUCUCCCAUGUGGUCACGGUGGAUCAUACUAAGGUUGUAGACUUGUGGAAGGUCAAACUCGAAGCGCGCGGACACGUAUAUGAUACUCUUCGGCAGCUCCUCAAAGACAAGGUUACGAGACGCCUUCGCGAGCUUGCUUUCAAGUAUCAAAAGGCUUGCAAGUGGCUGCAGGCUAGUAGAUGGGAGGUAGAUCAUGCGAUCCUUCAAAGUGCGAAAGUCAUCGGGAUGACUGCCACCGGCUUGAGCAAGUACAGAGGUCUUGUAUCGAGCCUCAACCCGAGAAUCGUUGUAAUUGAAGAGGCUGCCGAAGCCAUUGAGGCCCCAAUCGCCGCUGCAUGUUUCAAUUCACUUCAACACCUCAUUCUCGUUGGCGAUCAUCAACAGCUGCGCGGUCAUUGCACUGUGCCGGACCUGGAAGGAGACCCCUUCUACCUUGAUGUCUCCAUGUUUGAGCGGCUGGUGAAUAAUAACCUGGAAUAUAUCACCUUGCGCUGGCAGAGACGAAUGCCUCCAGAGGUGCGACAAUUACUGGAGCCCAUCUACGGCAAUCUCGAGGACCAUGGAUCCGUUCUUCAGCGAUCGAAAGUGGUCGGUAUGGGCGACCGCCGGUCUUUCUUCUUCUCCCACAAUUGGCCGGAGAGCCGCGAUAGCUUUGCCUCAAAAUUCAAUGAGACGGAAGCGCAGAUGAUCGUGGGGUUCUUUGUUUACUUGUUGCAGAAUGGGGUGCCUGUCCACGACAUCACCAUCUUGACUUUCUACAACGGACAGAGAAAGCGCCUCCUGAGCCUCUUGAAGAAACAUCCCUACCUACAAGGCUUGUACCUGAAGGUUGUUACCGUUGAUUCGUACCAAGGCGAAGAGAACGAGAUUGUCAUCCUUUCCAUGGUACGCAGUGGCGGGGAUAACAUCGGAUUCUUGUCUAUCGAGAACCGCGUCUGCGUUGCCCUGUCGCGCGCCAGAUGCGGGUUCUAUAUCUUUGGGAAUGCAACUUCUGCUGCAACCAACAGCGCGCUGUGGGCUCGUGUGCUGUCCAUCAUGAAGCCUCAGCGAGUUGGAGUGGAGCUGCCAUUGACCUGCGUCAAGCAUAAGGUUAUGGCGUGGAUGAAAGGUUUCAUCGCAGACCCUUCGGAAUGGGAGUACAUCAAUGGUGGGUGCCAUAGAAAAUGCGGCGAGACGCUCGACUGCGGCCAUGCGUGUAGCCUCAAGUGUCACAGCUUUCCACAUUCCGAAGUUGAAUGCGACAGCAUCUGCAAUAAGGUGUGGGAAUGUGGACACAAGUGUCGGUCAUUAUGCUCGCCGCAACAUUCGUGUUUGUGCACGAGUUGUAAAGAGGACUUGGCAACAGGUUAUGCAACAGCAGCAGCGACAGCGGAGGAAAAUGUCCCGGUGGGACCUCAAGCGGAUCCCCGCCCCGAGGGCAUCCGAGUCUACCAAGCAGAUGCCAGCGUCGGAUUUACAGAGCACGACGAGACCUUGUCAGAGAAAGCGCGAGCCAAUGGGUUAUUGAGCUUACCGGACUUGUCCCACGCAGUGGAGGAAGAUCUACUGUUGGAGGAGGACGAGGGGCUGGGGAGGGGCCGCAGUAGGAAUCAAGCAGUGGGGCAGGGAGCGACGACGACUCGCCUACGGCUUUCAGUGUCACUCCUGGAUUUGUACGAUGAUUGA